CGCAGACGCAGCGAAGUCCCCACCGCCUCCUUCCCUCAACAAAUCCCCACCCAGAUCUCCUCCGAUCGCCAAUCCAUCGAUGCCCUCUCCUCCGCCGCCCAUCCACUGCUAGCCGCCGCCGCCGCCGCCGCCCUCGCCGCCGCCUCGCUCGAGGCGGCCGCCGCCUCCCCGCCUCCCUUCGUGUAUGGAAACGCGCAGCCGCAAGCGGGCGGAAGCCUCCUCGUCUUCCACCUCCUCCUCCACCCGCUCCUCCAAGCGCGCCCGACCCAACCCUAACCCUAGCCCCACCACAACUCCACGCGCCCGCCGCUCCGCCGCCACCCCCACCCCUCCCACCCCUCAGCCCCCCAUGGACUCCCCGGCCGACAACAACCCGCCGCCCCGCCGCCGCGGCCGCGCCUCCAACGCCGACAAAGGCAAGGAGCAGCAACAACAACAGGAGCCCUCCGAGAGCUCCCGCCUGCGCGAGGCCGAGCGGAUGCUGGGCCUCAGCUUCGACGGCAUGGACGACGACGACGACGCCGCCGCGGGGGCCUUCCCCCACGGCUUCACCUCCGCCAGCAGCGCGCUGCAGGGGCUGCUGCGGAAGCUCGGGGCGGGCCUGGACGACAUGCUCCCGGCGUCCGCGCUCUCCGCCGCCGCCGCCGCCGCGUCCUCCUCGUCCAUGACCGGGCCGCAGGGCGCGCGGAUGAAGGGCAUGCUCGCGGGCCUCCGCGCCGACGGCGAGGAGGGCCGGCAGGUGGAGGCGCUCACGCAGCUCUGCGAGAUGCUGUCCAUCGGCACCGAGGACUCGCUCGCGGGCUUCUCCGUCGACUCCUUCGUGCCCGUCCUCGUCGGGCUGCUCAACCACGAGAGCAACCCCGACAUCAUGCUGCUGGCCGCGCGGGCGCUCACCCACCUCUGCGACGUGCUCCCGUCCUCGUGCUCUUCCGUCGUGCAUUACGGCGCCGUCGCGUGCUUCUGCGCCCGCCUCCUCACCAUCGAAUACAUGGACCUUGCGGAGCAGUCCUUACAAGCUCUUAAGAAGAUAUCCCAGGAGCAUCCAACUGCCUGUUUGCGCGCUGGUGCACUAAUGGCAGUGCUAUCAUAUCUCGACUUCUUCUCCACGGGUGUUCAAAGAGUUGCGUUAUCUACAGCUGCUAAUAUGUGUAGGAAGCUUCCUUCCGAUGCCUCAGAUUUUGUAAUGGAAGCUGUUCCACUGUUAACAAAUCUUCUGAACUACCAUGAUGCAAAAGUGCUGGAACAUGCUUCCGUUUGCCUGACUCGUAUAGCAGAAGCGUUUGCCUCAUCUCCAGAAAAACUAGAUGAGUUGUGCAAUCAUGGGUUGGUUGCGCAAGCUGCUGGCUUAGUAUCUGUUAGCAACUCAGCGGGCCAAGCAUCACUGAGCACAUUGACAUAUACAGGAGUAAUUCGUCUUCUUUCAAUAUGCGCAAGUGGAUCUCCAUUGGCAGCUAAAACACUCCUCCUCCAUGGAAUUAGCGGCACACUUAAAGAUAUCCUUUCAGGUUCUGGGUUGGUUGCUGGUACAACUGUGUCCCCCACUUUAACAAGGCCAGCUGAUCAGAUGUAUGAGAUUGUGAACCUUGCUGAUGCAUUGCUUCCUCCUCUACCUGCUGGAAUCAUUUCUUUACCAGCACAUUCCCAUGUUUUUAUGAAAGGCUCUUCUGUAAGGAGACCUGCUUCUAGCAAGCAAGGUGAGUCUGGUUCGAUAGACAUCGCAGUGUCAGGUAGGGAGAAGUUAUUGCGUGAUCAGCCUGAACUUCUGCAGCAAUUUGGUAUGGACAUAUUACCUACAAUGACACAGGUGUAUGGCUCCAGCGUAAAUGGAUCAGUACGCCAUAAAUGCUUAUCCAUCAUUGCAAAACUAAUGUAUUAUAGCUCAGCUGAAAUGAUCGAAAUUCUCCUUGGCACAACAAACAUAUCCAGCUUUUUAGCUGGUAUUUUAUCCUGGAAAGAUCCACAGGUGUUGAUCCCUGCUCUCCAGAUAGCGGAAAUUCUGAUGGAAAAGCUUCCUGGAACAUUUUCGAAGAUGUUUGUGAGGGAAGGAGUUGUUCAUGCUGUAGAGUCACUUAUAUGCCUGGAAAUCUCAAGUCCUAUGCUUUCUCAAGUAUCACCACGUGAAAAGGAUAUUGAUUCUGGUACAUGUACAUCUUCUCGUUCAAGACGGAGCCGCCGUCGCAGUAGUACUGUGAACACUGAUAAUAAUUCCUUGGAUGAACCAAAGGGUUCCAAUCCUGUUAUUGCCAAUUCACCACCAAGCACGCUAGAGGGUCCAAAUACUAGUCUUCGUGCUUCAGUUAGUGAUCGUGCAAAGUCAUUCAAAGAUAAGUACUUCCCUUCAGACCCCAACUCAACUGAUAUUGCUGUUACUGAUGACCUUCUGAAGCUGAGGAGUCUCUGUAAGAAAUUAAAUACCACUGUGGACACUGUCAAAACAAAAGCUAAAGGGAAAUCAAAGUCUCCAGGGGGUGAUGAUUUUGAUGUCUUAUGCAGUGUUGAAGAACAGUUAGACAGCAUUAUAGCGGAAAUAUUGUCUGAGCUUAGCAGGGGCGAUGGAGUUUCCACGUUUGAGUUCAUUGGUAGUGGAAUUAUUGCAGCAUUGCUUAAUUAUUUGUCUUGUGGAACCUUUGAAAGGGAAAAGGUCUCCGAAGCAAACCUACCCAAGCUGCGUCAGCAGGCACUCAGGCGAUAUAAAGCAUUUAUAUGUGUUGCCCUUCCAAAUGACGCAAUAGGGAAUAAAACUCCAAUGUCAUUCUUAGUUCAGAAACUGCAAAGUGCACUGUCUUCGUUGGAACGCUUCCCGGUUGUGCUUAGCCAUUCUGGAAGGACAUCCAGUUCUGGAGGAUCUCGUCCGUCCUCUGGAUUAAGUGCUCUAUCCCAGCCCUUGAAGUUGCGUCUAUGUCGAGCACAUGGUGAAAAAACACUUAAGGAUUAUUCAUCCAAUAUUGUUCUCAUUGAUCCAUUGGCAAGUCUAGCAGCGGUUGAAGAUUUCCUCUGGCCUAGAAUCCAGCGUACAGAGUCAGUAUCUUAUCCUGCAGUGUCAUCUGGAAAAAAUUCUGAAUCUGUGGCACCUAGUGCAACAACACCAGUCCCUUCGUCAACUCAAUCUGUUCGGCGGCCCUCAACUAGGUCAAAAUCAUUGGCUACCGUAGAUUGUGCAGCUAAGAAGGACACUCAGGAGGGGAGCAGAAACACAUCGAAGGGAAAAGGUAAAGCUGUUGUUAAAUCGCCGCCGGAUGAACCAAAAGGUCCACAUACUAGGACUGCCGCUCGCCGGAAAGUUGCUUCUGAGAAAGAUGCAGAAGUCAAACCACCAGAUGAUCAAAGUAGCUCAGAGGACGAAGAGCUUGAUGCAUCUCCCUUCGAGGCUGACGAUGGUUUGAUGAUUGGUGAUGACGAUGAUGAUGUUUCAGACGACGAAGAUGAUGAUCACGAGGUUCUACCUGGGAGUCUUCCUGUCUGUGUUCCAGAGAAUGUGCAUGAUGUAAAACUGGCAGAUGCUGAUGAAUCUAGUAUUGCCUCAGUAGCAAAUGAUAACCAGACACAGCUCUCGUCUGGUUCCAGCAUAAGAGAUACAUUUAGCAGGGGAGCAGGUUCUGCUGAACUUAGAAAACCAAGCUCCCGGGGCGCGAUGUCGUUUGCUGCAGCUGCCAUGGCUGGGCUUGCUUCUGUAGGUAGUCAUGGUAUCAGAGGUAGUCGAGAUAGACGUGGCCUGUCAUUGGGAGCUAGUGCACAUGAACGUUCAAACAAAUUGGUAUUUACAACUGGUGGCAAGCAGCUAAGCAAGCAUUUGACCGUAUAUCAAGCUAUGCAACAGCAAGUAGUUCAUGAUGAGGAUGAUGAAGAAAGCUUAGGUGGUGCUGAUUUACCUAAUGAUGAUGGAAGCCAUUUCUGGGGUGAUAUAUUCACGAUAACAUAUCAGAAGGCUGAUAACGAAGUGGAUAAGGGCUCAGUCAGAGGUUCAGCUUCGGCGCUGAAAUCCUCCAACUCCGAUUCUUGCAGAGCUACAUCUGAAGUGCAACGUACUUCUCUUCUUGAUAGCAUUUUGCAAGGGGAACUUCCUUGUGAUUUUGAAAAGUCAACUGAAACUUACAAUAUUUUAGCACUGCUGCGUGUAUUGGAGGGCUUGAAUCAGUUAUCUCCUCGCCUGAGAUUACAGGCAAUCUGUGAUAAUUUUGCAGAGGGAAAAGUUUCCACACUGGAUGGGCUAUAUGGAACUGGAGUUAAGGUACCCUCUGAGGAGUUUGUCAGCAGUAAGUUGACACCGAAGCUUGCUCGUCAAAUUCAGGAUGUUCUUGCACUCUGUAGUGGUAGCUUACCUUCUUGGUGUUAUCAGAUGACCAAAGCUUGUCCAUUUCUGUUUCCUUUUGAAACUAGAAGGCAACACUUUUACUCCACAGCUUUUGGGUUAUCGCGGGCAUUGAAUCGUCUUCAGCAACAGCAGGGUGAUAAUAAUUCAGCAACUGAAAGAGAAGUCCGGGUUGGUAGAUUGCAGCGUCAGAAAGUUCGUGUUUCUCGUAACCGUAUCUUGGAUUCUGCCGCCAAAGUUAUGGAAAUGUUCUCCACUCAGAAGGCUGUUCUUGAAGUUGAAUACUUCGGUGAAGUUGGAACUGGGCUUGGCCCAACUUUGGAGUUCUAUACCCUCUUAAGUCAUGACCUGCAAAGGGUUGGCUUGGGAUUAUGGAGAUCUGAUUCUCCACAUGGUUCUGAUACUUUAGAAGCUAAGAAGCUUGAUUCAAAUUCACCUGGUGGUGCCAGAAACUUGAUACAAGCACCUCUUGGCUUGUUUCCUCGGCCUUGGCUACCUAGUACUGCUUCUUCAGAGGGUAGUAAAUUCUUCAAAGUUAUUGAGUAUUUCCGUUUAGUUGGCCGAGUCAUGGCAAAAGCAUUGCAAGAUGGAAGGCUUCUCGAUUUGCCUUUGUCAACAGCAUUUUAUAAACUAAUACUUGGACAAGAACUUGAUUUGUACGACAUAUUAUCUUUUGAUGCUGAGUUCGGAAAAAUAUUGCAAGAGCUUCAAAUUCUUGUUGAGCGCAAGCGGUUUCUGGAGUCCUGCUCUAGUAACAAUCAGCAAAUAGAAGAUUUAUGUUUCCGUGGUGCUUCUGUUGAAGAUUUAUGUUUAGAUUUCACUCUUCCUGGCUAUCCUGAUUAUGUUCUGAAGGAAGGAGAAGAAAAUACAGUGGUCAGCAUUUACAACUUAGAAGAGUACAUUUCAUUGGUGGUGGACGCUACUGUUAAGGCUGGAAUAAUGCGUCAAGUAGAUGCAUUCAAAACUGGUUUUAAUCAGGUAUUUGACAUAUCAUCCCUCCAAAUAUUUUCUCCUCAAGAGCUUGAUUAUCUUAUUUGUGGUCGUCGGGAACUUUGGGAGCCGGACACACUGGUUGAACAUAUAAAGUUUGAUCAUGGUUAUACCUCGAAGAGUCCGGCCAUUGUCAAUCUACUUGAGAUCAUGACAGAAUUUACCCCGGAGCAACAGCAUGCUUUCUGCCAGUUUGUGACUGGUGCUCCUCGGCUUCCUCCUGGUGGUCUGUCUGCCUUAAAUCCUAAGCUGACUAUCGUUAGGAAGCACUCUUCCACUGCGGCGAAUACUUCGAAUGCAGCUGGAGCGACGGAGACUGCAGAUGAUGAUUUACCCAGUGUCAUGACUUGUGCUAAUUAUCUUAAACUUCCCCCGUACUCGACCAAGGAGGUUAUGCACAAGAAAUUGCUUUAUGCUAUCAACGAAGGGCAGGGUUCAUUUGAUCUUUCAUAGGUUCAAAACUGACAUAUAGAUAUCGGUGCACCUGUAAAUGUGCACUAAAUUUUAUCCAGUUUGUUCGUUGCCAUGUGUAACUUAGGCUUAAGUCUUCUCUUUUGUGGGAGGUUUAGAGCCUGGAUCCUGGGGUGCCUGCCUAAAUCUUCUCUUUUUUCCGGCUCUUAUUGUCUCCCCAUUGUAUAUUCUAAAGUUUAUACUGAUCUCUAUAGUGACUAAGACAAUUCUCUUUUGUUCGUUCUGUGUACUCCUUCAAAUAGAUAUGUCUGUUUUGAGUUA